GACUUUAAGGUACGUCGAUGCUCCCUAUAUAAUAUCUUACUACCUAGAGAGAUGGUCGUUAAAGUGUAUCCUCCUAUAGCUGGAGCGGGAGUCCUAUAUAUUAACGGAGGUAGGAUACGCGCCGUAAUACCGCUAGAGAUCAUAAAACGAAUACGGGAUCGUAUUAAUUUACCGAUUCCCUUUCAAAAGUUCUUUAAGCUCGCUUUUAGGGUGAGGACGAGGAUCGGUUUACCUAUCGCUACGGUUUACGAUAGGCCGUCGUAUCGUAUAUUCACUAAUUAUAAUAUCAUCAAACCGAAAGACGGUCUCGGAAGAGUGCCCGUUUGGGAGAUAGUACGAUCAGCCUUAGCGGCGCCUAG